UUAUUGGUUUUUUUUCUACCUUCCAAGGACUAUUGCUCACUUGCAUGCAUUAACAAUCUUCCAUUGUGCUGAGAAAAGUAGAUGCUCCAUAACUUGGUGUUGAAAUUUCUGAUGCGCAAAGUAACGUGUUUCCAGUCACCAAUAUGUUAUCUUACACGAUAAGAAAACAAUUCAUUCAAGACAAACAUUUUCCUCGAAAGUUCGUUAGGAAAAUGACUAUAGCCGACGACUUCCCAACAAAACGUGGUCGUUUUGGGACUAACUUUUUCUAUUGGAAAUUCAUCGGAAACGAUCACAAAUCUAACCAACAAAAAACCUGACGACUGUCUUCAUGGCAGUGAAAAUGCCUCCAAACAGUGUGUGUAGAUAUUGAUGGAGUGCCUAGCCUUAGCAUUCUGUUAUCUUGUCUAGACAGCAACUCCCUUGCUGCUGUCUUCUCACAAAAUGUUAAGGAUAGAGCAAAAGGUGUUGCAGAAGAAUGGAAUCCACUGCUGGCAACUCUUGACAUGGAUGCUGGCAAUGGUAACUCUUUGGAGGCUCAUGCUUUCAUGCAACUACUGGCUACUUUUGGUAUUGUUUCGGACUUUAAAGAAGAUGAACUCUUGAAGCUGAUCCCCCGUCUCACGUUGUCGUCAGGCAGCUGAGCUUUGCCAUUCUCUUGGAUUGUCAGAAAAAAAUGCCUGGUUUGUUCUCUAAUUUAAAAGAUAUGGCUGAUUCUAUUGCAUUUCAUAUGACAUUGUGUGCCUUUACCAUUGGUCUUAACCCUUGUUGUCAUGUGCACCACUUCGUUAAUUGCAGGUGAGAUUGAAGUUCUAGUGAACAGUGGAAAACAGAUUGAUGCCGGAAACUAGAUGCCUGUCUAGACGGCAAAUCGGAUUUUAAAAAACGAUUUUUGUAGAAUAAGUAAAAUUGAUCUAGAAAAUUAAAAAAUCGGUGUAGACCCAGCCUAAACAAUAAUUCCCUAUAAAGUGACUAAUUGCGAUUAAUAAGAUCAUAAUCAUUCUUCUUCAUUUGAUACUAGUAUGUUUCCUAGCAUCUUAGUACCUUACCGUCAGAUUUAAUUAAGCUAAGUAGCCGCUCUUGCGAUAGAAAUACAAUUAACAGGUCAAGGUUAAUAAGUCAAUACCAGAAGAAAACACAUUUGUUAUUUACAACCGUUGACAAAUAUUUUUGUUGCUAACAUUGAUCCGUCUUAACGAUUUUCUACACUAUAAAAUCCUAUUUUCCUUAUUUUUCUUUGACUAAAACAUUAGAAAAAUACAAUUGAACUCCCUAAAAUAAUGAUAUGAUUGACAAAAGAGUAGCCAACCUCAAAAUACAAGCUGAAACUUUGGAACAUUUCAACCAUACGAAUAUUUAUAUUUGUAUUAUAAUCUUAUUCUAGUGGAAUAGUUCUACAAGAGGAAAAACAAAACACGGCAUGGGUUGGCUAGAAUCAACUGGUUAUAUAUAGUAAAAGAAUAAUAAAAAUGUUCAUGUAGAACGUGUAUGUUGUUUUUUUCCUUUGCAAUUGGAAACUUCUUUCUAAUGGAGAGGUUUGGGAUUCAAAACCAAACUCUGGUUUCAUUUCUUCUUGUUCUGUUUCUCUUCAUCUCCUCUAACUGUUUUGUGUCGAGCCAAAACGACGACGUUAAUGAAGUCUCCGUGUCCGAGCAAGAACGGGUUAGUGUCCGGGUCGGGUUGGUCUUGGAUUUGGGUUCCGUGGAGGGCAAGAUAGUGGGAAGCUCGGUUUCCUUGGCGCUUUCUGAUUUCUACGCAGUCAACAGUGAUUACAAAACAAGAGUCUCUCUCUCGUUCAGAAACUCUCAAGGAGAGCCUCUCCUUGCUCUAGCUUCUGCUGUUGAUCUGCUGCAAACUGUAGGAGUGGAAGCUAUUAUUGGCGGAAGUUCGCUGCAGGAAACGAAGCUUUUGGCGGAGAUUGGGGAGAAAGCUAAGGUUCCUGUGAUAUCACUUAACUCUCCAACUUCAUUGUCAUUGAGAAAAUACAGCCAUCUGAUCCAAGCGACACAUGAUACUUCCUCCGAGGCAAAGGGCAUCACAGCUUUCAUCCAUGAGUUUGAUUGGAAGAGUGUUGCUCUUGUUUAUGAUGAUGAUGAAGAUGACUGGAGAGAGAGUAUGCAGCUCAUGGUGGACCAUUUCCAUGAGAACGGAGUUCAGAUACAGUCCAAGGUUGGUUUUACAGUCUCUUCAACCGAGGAGGUUAUGAUGGAUAGGCUAAGGAAGCUGAAGGACUUGGGAACAACUGUUUUUGUGGUGCACUUGUCUGAGCUUGUUGCAACUCAUCUCUUCCCAUGUGCUGAGAAAUUAGGGAUGAUGUCUGAAGGGUUUGCUUGGAUCCUCACUGCCAAAACCAUGAACAGCUUCCAUGGGAACAAUGGCGACGAAUAUGCAAAAGAAGCAAUGGAAGGUGUGGUUGGCUUCAAGACUUACAUUCCAAUGUCCAAAGAGCUUCAAAAUUUCACUUCAAGAUGGAGACGAUCACUUCCUGUUGAAGAAGCUAUUGGGUCUGAAAUAACUCGGUUGAGCAUCUUUGGCGUAUGGGCUCAUGAUGUAGCCUGGGCACUGGCGAGAGCAGCCGAGGUUACAAGGAUGCCAGAUGCAUCAUCAACUCUCCUUGAGGCAAUCACUCAGUGUAGGUUCAAGGGUUUAAGUGGUAACUUCCAAAUCAAGGAUAAGAAUUUCUUGUCAGACAAGUUAGAGAUUGUGAACUUGAUUGGAUCAGGUGAGAGAAGGGUAGGCUUCUGGAGCUCUAAUGGUAGUUUCAGCAGUAGAAGACAUCUGUCUUCUUUUACUGAUAACAAGCUAGAUACCAUAAUCUGGCCCGGUGUGUCUUCUCAAAGUCCCAAAGGACACAAACUAGGAGAAAUCAAGAGAAAAACACUGAGGGUUUUGGUUACAUCUAGCAACAGAUUUCCAAAGCUGGUGAGUUGGAGGACUGAUCCAGUAACAAAAAAGAUAAUUGCUGAUGGGUUCUGUACACAAGUCUUCAAUGCUUCCAUUAUGCGUUUCAACUAUGAUGUGGAGUACGCACUUUGGACUGGUGGUCCUAACUACGACGAUCUUGCAUAUACACUUAGUAGCCAGAAAGACAAAUAUGAUAUGGCCGUGGGAGAUAUUACAAUCACUUCCAAUAGAUCGAGUUAUGUUGAUUUUACUAUACCAUUCACUGAACUGGGUCUUGGAAUGGUGGCACCAAAGCAGAGUGGAAUGUGGGUGUUCUUUCAACCUCUAACACCAGAUCUUUGGAUGACAAGUGCAGCUUUCUUUGUCUUGACAGGCAUUAUAGUUUGGUUGAUAGAAAAACCUGAAAACAAGGAGUUCCAGGGCUCUUGGUCUCAACAGAUUGGAGUUAUGCUUUGGUUUGGCUUCUCUACCCUUGUUUAUGCACACAGGGAGAAGCUAAAACACAAUUUAUCAAGAUUUGUGGUUACAGUUUGGGUAUUUGCAGUGCUGAUACUGACAACGAGUUACACUGCAACAUUGACAUCAAUGAUGACAGUGCAACAGAUACGAUUCAACUCCAAUAAAGACUUUAUAGGUCACCUUUCGGGCUCACUCAUAGCAAAUGCGAGCCUAGCUAGUACCAACAUCAAUGCAACGAAUGUCAGAGGCCUCAUUAACUCUACAGAUUAUGCAAAAGCCUUGUUGAACAACUCGGUCGCAUUCAUUAUCGACGAGUUGCCAUACCUCAAUGUCCUCCUUGGAGAGAAGCCUGAUCAUUUUCUCAUGGUCAAGCCACAAAUUACCACCAACGGUUUUGGAUUUAUGUUUCAAAAGGGUGACGAGUUGGUGCAUUUGGUGUCCAAAGAAAUCUCGGAGCUAAGGACAAAAGGGAGGCUUAACGAGAUGUCGAAAACAUGGUUUGAUAAUCGUUUGCCAUACAUAAUAGAUGAUACAUCAGAACCUAUAGACCUUUACAGGUUCCGCGGUUUGUUUAUGAUCACGGGAGGUUCUUCAGGUUUUGCUCUUGCAGUACUUCUCAUUAUAUGGAUACGUGAUAGAUGGGAAGAUCUUAUGAGUUCCAUCAACAUAUUUCUCUCGCGACGACUUGUACAUUUCAGGAUCUUCUUUGCAAGAACUAUCCAUGCUAGCCCCCUCGAUGACCUCUUUGUUGAGAAUGCAGUGCAGAUGGCUCAACUUAACAGAUAGAAAGAUUUUCAAAUAUAGCAAAAGGUCCAUACAAGUGAAGUGGGUGGUUUUGUUCUUGUGCAUAAUAGUACAGUUGAAAUGGAUGAUUCUAUGUUGUGUAGUUGUGUAUAAUACUACAAGUGAAGUGGAUGGUCAUGUGUCUUGUGUUUUGUGGUGCCUGAGUCUUUAGCUUACACAAUUUUUUUGAUGUUGUUCGUCUCUGACUCUGACCUAGAGCCUCACCGAACAACCUUGCCCUUUUUUCUCGAUAGGUCCGUUAGUCGACCGUGAUAUGAUUCUUGCUUGAUUCAAACCGUCUGUAAAUAUAAAUGAUGUUUUGACCAAUACUUGCUUGUAAAUUGCAUAUGAUUUCUAUUGAUUUCUUACUCUGAUUAA